ACUUUGACUGAUAACUAAAAUAAUGAUUCAAUUGAUUAUUAAAGAUUCAAAAGUAAUUGACAUCUGAAGUGAAUACGUCUUAAAUAACAUCCAAUAGUAGUGAACAAAAUAGCGAUCAUAUCAUUAGUAACAGCUCUUCAGUGCUUUUCAAAUGUUUAAUUAAUUUAAACUAUUGAAUACAGUAUAGUAUAUUUCAAUCGAUAAAUUUAUUAAACUAUAAACACCCAAACAAUAGCGUUUAACUAUAAGAAAACUUCAUUAAAAAUGAAAUUAUUGUGUUUAACGACUCUAUUGUCGGUUUGUUUGGUUGGACUCAUUGAAGGAACGGAUCGGCACUACAUUCCUCUCAAUGUGGACGCCGUGUCCUUUAAAAUGGUUGACUAUAUUAACCAUUUGAACACAACGUGGAAAGCCCAAAGUAACUUUGAAGGCUAUUCUAUGGAGUAUAUCAAAGGUUUAAUGGGUGUCCACAAAGACAACCACAGAUACCGUUUGCCUAUAAUUACUCACGACAUCCAGGAUUUGGAAAUUCCCGACGCGUUUGACUCGAGGACUCAAUGGCCUCACUGUCCGUCUAUUAGUGAAAUCAGAGAUCAGGGAUCUUGUGGGUCGUGUUGGGCUUUCGGUGCGGUGGAAGCCAUGUCCGACAGAAUAUGCAUCGCUUCUAAUGGCAAACAAGUGGUGGAAGUGUCGGCUGAAGAUUUGGUGUCUUGUUGUAGUUCGUGUGGAUUUGGAUGCAGUGGUGGUUUUCCUGGCGCCGCCUGGAACUACUGGGUUAGAACAGGUUUAGUGUCCGGAGGACUCUAUAGUAGCCAUAAGGGAUGUCAACCAUACGUUGUGGCCGCCUGUGAACACCACACAACCGGCCAAUUAAAGCCCUGCGGAGAUAUUGUGCCAACCCCGAAAUGUGUGCACUUAUGUGAGAGUGGAUAUAACGUUAGCUAUAGUAAUGACAAACAUUUCGGAGUGAAGGCAUAUGGAGUGAGCGGUAAUGUCCAACAAAUUCAG